UACAUUGGUUGUCCGGUCUGUCCUAGUUAGUGAGUGCCCUUCAUUUGUCUUACAUGGCAGCACUUAUCAAUUACUAUAAUAAACGCCAUCUAUUGCGAAUGUAUUAAACAUUUUUAUAUUAUAAACCAUAACUUCGAAACUUGAAUGCUUUGUCAGAUACCGUGCUACACAAUAUACAUAUGCAGCUAAAUUUCUCACCUAUAGUUAGUCUUUUUAAGUAGUUAAAAAGAGAGGGAAAUCAUAUCAGAAAUAACAAUUGCGUCGUAUAAAAACAGAAAGUGAAAAGUAAGAAUAUAUUUUUAUUAAUAUUCGUAGUUUCGUAUAAAGAAGUAUAAUAAAAGACUAAUAUGGCUAAAAAGUUGAAAAAGAAUGCCACAGAUGCAAAAAAAGCUGGCAAAAAUAUGACAGUCAAACAAAAGAAUAAUCGUCAGAAAAAAAAAUCAACAGAAGACGAUGAAAAUAAACUUAAACCCGCCAUUCUUAAAGAUCAAAAUUUGAAAUCCAAAAGUAAAUCUAAGAAAAAUAAGUUAACUAAAACUGUGAAGCAAAUAUACAAGAAUGACAAAAAACGUGUUUGUACUGACUUCUUAAAUUCUGACACUAUAAAAGUAGUAAAUGUAAAGAACAAAGAUAAAAAUAAAGUAAAAGAAGUUCAAAGCAAAAAAAAUCAGCAAUUUAAUAACAAAAAACUAAAACAUCAGAAACAAAAUAAAAAGAAUAAAAUUUCUGAUCAAUCUAAGAGUACAAUUAAUGAUAAUAAGAUUGCAAAAAAAACAAAAUCCAAAUGUAUAGAACCUGAAACAAAAGAUAAACAAAAAUUAAAUAAGAAGAAAAAUUUGAAUAAAGUAUUAGAAAAGAAAUUGAAACAAAGAAAGAGUAAAUUUUCAACAACUUCCAAAAAGAAAAAUGAUGAUCCUCAAGUAACUAGAAGCCAUAACUUAGAUAUCAAACAUUUGCAGAAAUUACUUUCUAAUAAACAAAAAGAAGAAAAGCAGAAAGUAAACGUGAAACCACAAUCUUUAAGACAAAGAAUGAUGACUAAAUUAAAAGCUUCUAGAUUCAGAUAUUUGAAUGAAACUCUUUAUAACAAUGAAAGUUCUGAAUCUAAAAAAUAUUUUAAAGAUGAUCCUGAUGCAUUUAAGGCAUAUCAUGAAGGAUAUAAACAACAAGUUGAACAAUGGCCUGUAAAUCCCCUUGAUAAUGUGAUAGCUUCAAUUAAAAAAAUGCCAAAGCAAUACAUAAUUGCUGAUUUUGGAUGCGGAGAAGCAAGACUUGCUACUACAGUUCCUCAUAAAGUACAUUCUUUUGAUUUUGUUUCUCUAAAUAAAAAUGUAACUGCUUGUGAUAUAGCACAUACACCUUUAUUAACAAAUAGUGUUAAUGUUGUUGUAUUUUGCCUAUCACUUAUGGGAACUAAUCUUAAAGACUACAUUAUAGAAGCAAAUAGAGUUCUUAAAAAAGGUGGUAUAUUAAAGAUAGCUGAAGUUGAAAGUCGAUUUGAACGAGUAGACGAUUUUAUAAACACAAUAAAUGGUUAUGGUUUCAAAAAUAUUUGGAAAGAUUUAUCUCACAAUUUGUUCUACUUUUUAGACUUCAAAAAAGAAGGAGACAUUAGUGGUAAAAGAAAUAAAUUACCUUCUAUUACAUUAAAGCCAUGUUUGUAUAAAAAACGUUAGGCUAUAAACAAUGAUUUAUUAUACAUUUCAUUAAAAAUUUUAAUGAAAUUUAUUUUGUUGUAUUUACUGUAUUUACUUCGUCUAAUAAAAAUAAUUAUAAAGAUAUGUAAAAGAUGUUCCAUAAUGUUUUGAUUCCAUCCUUUCCAAAUGAAAUCAAUCACAUUUUGGACAUUUAAUAUAUGUGCCAGCUUAAGCAAUGUAUUAUUCUUUGAAUACAUUGGUCUGUUUAGCACAUUUUAAAAUAAUAAAAAAACUUUAAAAUAAUAAAUAUUGUGCCUAUUUUAUUCAUAAAUAAUUUUAGAAAAUUAUUAUUCAAACAUAUUGGUAUGCUUAAUACAAUUUACAAGAACUUGAAGAUAAUAAACAAAGUAUUUCAUUCAUAAUUAAUAAAGUUUUAUAAUACACGAUUUUAGAUAUAUAAGAUUAUAUAAUGUACUAUUUUACAACUAAAGACCCGUCAAAUUAUUCAUAUACCAUCUAAAAUAUUUUGUGUUUCUUCCUUUAAAUCUUCUAAUUUUUCUACUAUUUGUAACUGUAAAAUAAUAAUAAAAAUAACUAUAAUAUAUCAUUAAUAUAAACA